UCACGUGACUCGCGCAGCGGCCCAGACAGCAUCAGGAGCGGAGACAGCAGCGCUAACAACACACUCAUCUGACACACACUCUCUCACACACACACACUCACAGGUAAAGAGCAGCACCGACUCGCUCGGGCUUCGGUGUCAUCCGUGGACCGGUUCCGUGCCUCUAACGCGUCCUGUUCUGGCGUUUUAACGCGGGAAAGCGGCGAGGAGCGCGGGAAGAAUCCCCGACGCUGAUUGGCCGACGGCUCCCCCGGAGCGAUGACGUCACGGGCGGAGCGCAGGAGCAGCUGACGCGCAGGAGAACCCCGCGCGUGCGUCCGCCGCCAUGAGCACGCGCACAGGAGCGUUCCGUCCGUCGAUGACGUCACCCCCCAGGAGCGACGACGUCAUGAGGGGGCUGCUUCGCCCUGGAGAAAGUUUUCUGUGACUCCGUCCCUGAGAUUUCCCGGAAAAGGCGCGCGACUUGGUUUAUGUUGCUAGUUUUAUGCAGUACUUUUGGGCGGGGAGUGUUUGUGAAGCAGCGGCCGCUCUCACCCGGACCCUAAGGACCCGCCGGAGAGCCCGGUGACUCUGUGGAUUUGCGCGAGUGCGCUCGUAGCAGCAGGCAUGUUCGCGGCGGUGGAGCUCGGGCCCGUCCUCUGCAGCGACUCCAACAUCCUGUGUCUGUCCUGGAAGGGCCGAGUGCCCCGCAGUGAGAAGGAGAAGCCCGUGUGCAGGAGGCGCUGCUACGAGGAGGGCUGGCUGGCCACGGGGAACGGCCGAGGGGUCGUGGGGGUCACCUUCACCUCCAGCCACUGCCGGAGAGACCGGCCCACCCCGCAGAGAAUCAACUUCAACCUGAGGGGCCACAACAGUGAGGUGGUGUUGGUGAGAUGGAACGAACCCUUCCAGAAGCUGGCCACCUGCGACACGGACGGCGGGAUCUUCGUCUGGAUUCAGUACGAGGGCCGCUGGUCGGUCGAGCUGGUCAAUGACCGAGGAGCUCAGGUGAGCGACUUCACCUGGUCCCACGACGGCAUGCAGGCGCUGAUCUCGUACCGCGACGGCUUCGUCCUCGUGGGAUCGGUCAGCGGUCAGAGACACUGGUCCUCCGAGAUCAACCUGGAGAGUCAGAUCACCUGCGGGAUCUGGACCCCUGAUGACCAGCAGGUGUUGUUUGGGACGGCGGAUGGUCAGGUGAUCGUCAUGGACUGUCACGGCCGGAUGCUGGCUCAUAUCUUGCUGCACGAGGCCGAGGGCAUCUCCAGCAUGGCCUGGAACUAUCCUAACUUCCUGGUGGAGGACAGCAGCGAGAGCGACACGGACUCGGACGACUGCACGCCUCUGCAGGUGCACAGUCUGAAGCCGCUGCUGACCGUCUGCUUCACGUCUGGAGACGUCAGUCUGAUGAAUAACUACGAUGACCUCUCACCCACGUUAAUACGCACCGGCCUCAAAGAUGUGGUGGUGCAGUGGUGCUCUCAGGGCGACCUGCUGGCUGUGGCUGGGAUGGAGAGACUCGUGAUGACCUCUGACCCCUCCCAGGCCCCCCGGAACGCCAUUGUGAAGUUUUACAAUGUGUGCGGCGAGCACAUUUACUCACUGGAGACACCUGCUCAGAGGCCCAUCAGCACACUCUGCUGGGGUCACCGGGACUCGCGUCUGUUCCUGGCCAGCGGCCCGGCGCUCUACGUGCUCCGGAUCGAGCAUCGCGUCGCUAGCCUCCAGCUGCUGUGUCGUCAGGUCAUCGCCGGAGCGCUUCACGAGGAGAAGGACGUGGCCAAGCUCAGCAUGCCCUCUCGCCUCGGCACUUACGUGUCUUCUGCCUUCGCCUCCACCAUCAAGCCACCCAUCCCGGAUCCCAACAACAUGAGGGACUUUGUUAGUUAUCCGACAUCAGGUAACGAGCGCCUGCACUGCACCAUGAAGAGGACGGAGGAUAACCCCGAGGUCGGCGGCCCCUGCUACACCCUGUACCUGGAGUAUCUGGGGGGACUCGUGCCGAUUCUCAAAGGCCGUAGGAUCAGCAAGCUUCGCCCUGAAUUUGUCAUCAUGGACCCAAAGACGGACGGGAAAACAGAUGAAGUCUAUGGAAACAGCUUCAUCCCCUCCAUGAUUGACAGCUGCAACUGCUCAGACUCUAGUGACAUUGAGCUCAACGACGAUUGGGUCGGAAAGAAAUCGCCAAAGAUCUCCAGAGGGAGCAAGUCUCCCAAACUUCCCAGAGACUUAGUGUGUCCCUUUACCAACAGGAUUAAUAUAGAUCCCCGUAAGUCCCCCAAGCUCUCUCGCACCGCGCAGGAGAUAUCGCGAUCGCCUCGGCUGCCCAUUCGUAAGCCCUCCAUCGGCUCUCCGAGUCUGACUCGGCGGGAGUUUCCUCUCGACGACAUCACACAGCACAAUUAUCUUGCGCAAGUUACAUCUAACAUAUGGGGAACAAAGUUCAAAAUUGUGGGGCUUGCAGCAUUUUUGCCAACAAAUCUCGGAGCAGUUAUCUACAAGACCAGUUUACUUCACCUCCAGCCCAGACAGAUGACCAUCUACCUCCCUGAGGUGAGGAAGAUCUCAGUGGAAUACAUUAACUUGCCUAUGUUUAGUCCUAAUGUCUUCAGUGAGGAUGAGGAUGACCUGCCUGUCACAGGAGCAUCAGGAAUCACUGAUGAUAAUCCACCUUGCACUGUCAACAUACCCAUUGCCCCCAUACACAGCCCCGCACAAGCCAUGUCCCCCACCCAGAGCAUCGGCCUUGUCCAGUCCCUGCUAGCCAAUCAGAACGUCCAGCUGGAUGUGUUGUCCAGUCCAACAUCGACUGUGGCACCACCUGGGGUGUCCGAGCAAGGACAGCAGGACUCUGUGCUCACGGCUCAGUACUCCGUUCCUGCCAGGUAUUCUAGUCCUGGACAGGUAAUCUUUGGAGGUAUGGAGGUCGGUCGGAUUUUAGUUGCGCAAUCCCAACAACAACAACAGCAGCAACAACAACAGCAGCAGCAGCUGCAACAACAUUAUCAACAGCAGCAGCAGCAGCAGCUCCAGCAACAGCUUCAGCAGUAUCAGUUGCAGCAGCAGCAGUUGUUACAGCAUCAGCACAUGCAGCAGCAGCAGCAGCAACACAUGCAGCAACAGAUCCAGCAGAUGCAGCAGCAACAGCAAAUGCAACAGCAGCUUCAGCAUCAAAUCCAACAGCAGCAUCUGCAAAUGCAACUGCAGCUGCAGCAUCAGCAAAUGCAGCAGCAGUUGCAGCAGCAGCAGCAUCCGAUCCAGAUCCCUGUUCCCGCUUUGCCCUCAGGUCCACCGCCAUGCCCGGUCAUUCAGCUCACGCAGAGCCCCGUCCCGGAUGUUCCCCCGACAGCAGAGCACGGAGCGGAGCAUGACCUCCUGCUUAAAAUUAAAACGACUCGCUCUGCCCCACAACUGGCUGAGGGUGACGCGGUGGUUUUUACUGCCCCUCUCGAGAUUAGUAAGAUGAAUCCUCCACCUCCUUACCCGGGCACAGUUUCCGCUGCCACGGCGGCAGUUUCCGCUGCUGUUUCUACGAGUUGCACCUCGGGAGGCAGCUCCAGCACUACAUCCUCAGGGGAAGCCUGUGUAAAGAAAGGGGACCUGACCCUGUAUCCACCUGCUGCCCAGGCAGCGCAGUACCCGACGCCGCUGGGCUACGAACGCAUCACCACAUUUGACAGCAGCGGAAAUGUGGAGGAGGUAUGCCGUCCCCGCACCAGACUUGUUUGCAACCAGAACGUUUACACACUUCAGGGCCCGGGAAGCUCUGCCACCCUCAGGGUCUCAUCAUCUUCUUCUGCUGUUGAGGGGAAGAAGGUGCAGUUGCCCUAUGCCUCAGCCACAUUGAACCGUCUCACUGUGCCAAGGUACUCUAUACCAAGUGGGGACCCACCCCCUUACCCUGAUGCAGCCAAUCAGGGCGGAGCGGGGCGGAGCCCAGGCCAGAGAUUGGACAGCAGCUUGAUUCACGCUACCUUGAGGCGGAAUAGUCGGGAAGCUGCACUGAAGGUUUCUCAGAUCCUGGAUCCCCAAAGAACCCUGCCCUCCAAGGCCAAAGCCAGUGCUUUGUCUGCCUCCUACCAGCCGAGAGGGCCGACAGCUCUUUACACGUGCAGUCAGUGCAGUAGUAACGGUGGGAGUAACGCCAGCAAUGGCAGUAACGGUAUAGCUGGGGGGACAAUAAUUAGGCAAGAUUUCCCACCGACCGGAGGUGGUGCACCUCACAGCACUGUAAUAGUGCACUCAAACAGUGCCUCGCCGCUGCCUUCCCAAUCUUCCUACAGCCUACUCAGCAUGGAUGGCACCGGUGGAGUGUCUAGUGCAGGUGGAAACAGGGAAAGGGCUGACUAUAUCAACUCUGCCUUUACAGAGGACGAGGCUUUAAAUCAGUCUCUGAGGCAGAUGGCUCUUAAUACGGAGGUUGUGAGUUUGACAGUCAAGCGGCCGCCACCGUAUCAAUGGGAUCCAUCUGCUACAGAAGAGAUCUGGGUUCCCCAAGAGCGUACGAUGACUCUGCCCACCUCUGUACCUCCUGCAUCCCACAAACCUCCUCCACUCAUCCUCAGCCCUGCACAGCAUCUGGACGUCUCCCGUCUUCCGUUUGUCCUCUCGCCGAAAUCUCCGACGAGUCCUAACGCUGCAACUUUUCAACUGGCGGGAGCUUACCAGAUUGCUCUGCCCUAUCCACCAAGUGCGGCCUACAGCGGCUCCGUGCAAGCUUCUCCACGCCCCACCUCUCCCAAAGAGGUGGUUACUCCUCUUCCCUUUUCCCAGCAGGACCAAGCUGUGGUCUUGCCACCCGGUUAUUCUCCCAGUCUUGCUUGCUGCCCUCUCCCACCAAUGUACCCUGGGACAGCUUCUUGUUCGAAUCUGCCUGUGACCCCCAUUCCGCUUCAUCCGUGGGGUUCUUAUAAUCCCUGUCCACCCAUGCCAAGUCCGUCGGGUCCUGCUCCAUCCCUUCCACCAAAGACCUCACACUUGCUGGAUAAGCCUGUUCUUUCUCCUCCCCCUCAACCACCUCCUCUGCCUACGCCUCCUCCAGACCUCCAGAGUCCCCCAGAAUCCAUCGCCGAGGCUGGGGAAAAUUUUCAAGAGGUGCUCUCGCUCAAUGAAAGUCCGGUUCCUCAAAGAGCAGAUAGGUUUGGCAAGAAGAACCGCAAGCGCUUGGACAACAGUCGAGCAGAGGAAGCAAAUGUUCCGGCGAUCACAGAAGGAGCCAACAAGUCUAAAAAAGAGGGCCGUGCCCUCGGUGACUUCAACUCCCUCAUCUCCAGUCCAAGGUUAGGCAGUCGAGACAAAAAGAAGCCGAAAGGCCAGAAAGAGCAGCUGAAAGCCAAAAAGCUAAGCAAGGCCACCACUAAUGAGUUCCAGGACAGCUCCGAGAGCGAGCCGGAGCUCUUCAUCAGCGGCGACGAACUGAUGAACCAAAGCCAGAGCGGUAAAAAGAGCUGGAAAGCAAAAAGGAACUUGCGGGCGGGAGGCUGCGAGCUGGACGAAAUCAAGUGCCGAAAGGCUAACGAGAAAGAAGACCGUGGCCUCGGCAGCCAAGGGUUCGUCUACAUCAUGGCCAACAAACAGCCUCUUUGGAACGAAGCCACGCAGGUCUACCAGCUGGAUUUUGGAGGAAGAGUCACGCAGGAAUCGGCAAAGAACUUCCAGAUUGAGCUCGAGGGGAGACAGGUGAUGCAGUUCGGAAGGAUUGAUGGAAAUGCAUACAUCCUGGACUUUCAGUACCCCUUUUCAGCUGUGCAAGCUUUUGCUGUAGCACUUGCUAAUGUCACCCAGCGCCUCAAGUGAUCCACUGGGCUUGAACAUUUUAGCCAAUUCUUUCCUCGCUCUCUCUCUUGUUCCUUUAGAAUUUUUCCCAGUUUAAGAUGCAGUACUAAUACUUGAAAACUACAUCUGGGAAGCCACAUUUUCCGAGUGUUAGAGGUACUACUGGGCACUGAAAUCAAUUGCUGUACAACAUACUGUCAUUACUAAUUUUUUCUUUUUUUUUUUUUUUUUUUUUUUUUGCAUAAGAUACUAAUGUUUGUCACACUUUGAGGAUGUAAAAUCCAACUCACUUCCAGGGACUUUACCCUUGGAGUUCAAUAGCUGGCAUCUGGUUAGAUGCUUUUGGCUUGCAGUCAUAAAGUGUAUUUUAUUAAGAGAUAGUUAGACUGAAUAUACAGUCUGUAGCUGUACGCUCUAGGUAUUUCUAUUAGGAUGGACUUGCUUCGGCAGACCGAAUAAGCUCAACGGUGAAACCAUUGAUGCUGUAUUCAUUAGCGUUCUAGAUGUUUUUAGUGAUGAAUUCCUCUUGAAUGUUUGUUUGUUCAUCCACACUUUUUUUUUUUUUUUUUAUUCGUACUGCCCUGCAUGUGUCAUUUUAUAGUGGGUCAGUGACGUAUACAGAUUUUCGACAAGCGAAUUUGAGAUGUUUCAAAUACAAAAAAAAUCUAUUGCAAUUGUUAAAAAAUUAAGAAUGUUUCAUUAGGGUAUUUUAGUGAUUUUUGAUUGUUUUUUUGUCAUCUUGGUGAACUGGUCAUAGCUUCAAAAAGUGGUGCAACCAUGAUUUAUCUUAAAAUGAAUCAAUUUCCUUAAUAUGCAUCGUUUUUUAAAUGUGUUUUCUGUAAUUAAAGUGUUUAGAAACAAGGUAUUUACAGUGAGUUUUUGCAAAUAAUUCUAAUAUUUUUGGUCAAAAAAAUUAUCGAAUUGAAAUGUUUAUAAAAACUCAGAUUACUUUGAUUCUAAACACUUAAAUUCUGCAUGUUAAAGUUUUUUUUUAACUGGCUGUCAAACAACUAAUCACGAUUAUUCGCUUCCAAAAAAAAGGUUUUGUUUAAAUGAGUACUUUUUAUAUUCAUGCAUAUAUAAAUGCAAACAUUGUAUAUAUGUGUGUACGUCUAAGAAAAAUAGACUGUUUAUAUAUUGACUAUAUAUAUAUAUAUAUAUAUAUAUAUAUAUAUAUAUAUAUAUAUAUAUAUAUAUAUAUAUAUAUAUAUAUAUAUAUAUAUAUAUAUAUAUAUAUAGAAAUGUAUAUACAUGUAAAUAUAUUCAAAAUAUGUACACAGCACACGUACAUAUAGUACGUCAAUGGACCUUUAUGUUGAAUGCGUUUAAUCUCUGGACGUUAAUUAAAGGAAAUCACGGUUGCACCACUUUCCCUUCAUUAAAAUACUUAAUAAACCUUUAUCUGAAUUAAUGUGCACACAGCGUUCUUAAUGUCUGAACAGUUGCAAUAGAUGAUAUUUUUGUAUUUGUCCCAAAUCCUUACACGUCAUUGGCUUCUUUAGAAAGCAACCUUUUUACUGUCUUCCUGGUUGGGUUUCUUUCCUGCGGCGAAACAGGAAGUGAUGUGCCAAUCAGGCCCCCCCUCCCUCCCGAAUCUGAAGUGACUGCCCCCUGCUGACGCUUCUGUGAAGUGAUUUUGUGUAAUGGCUCUCAAGCCACAUUUAAUCCACCUGGACGUGUGCAGACAGGAGAUAUUUUUCUACCGCUCUUUCACACCUCUGCUUAUUCGUCUGCUUCUCGAGGGAGCUCCGCGGUGGGCUCUCUGUGAACGGAGCAGCACGCCCCGUGUUUUCUUCUCAUUAUAUUUUAAUGUCGGUAGAGCGAGCGAGCGAUACAGAAGAGAGCAGCAGUGGUCAUUGCGUUUGGUUUUUUAGUGUUUUCGGAAGAGUUCCAUCGCGGCAUAAAAGUGCGUCGUGCGUUUAUGUGCAUGUGUCCGUCUUCUGUCUUUCGUGAAGAGUGAUCCGAACACAAGUGCUGUUUUGUUUCGUGUGAUGAGAAUCCUCCGAUGGUGAAUUGAGAAAAAGUAGUCGAUGUUUGUAACGGAAGAGUUUAUUUAUUUAUUUAUGUCUUGUUUGUGCAAUAUUGUCAAGACUAAUGCUUUCUUCACCGUCGGCUUUCUCGAGGCGCGUAUGCCGUUUAAUCAGCGUUCGUGAGCGUUAUCCAUGUGCAAGCGGUUCUCGGGCUCGCCGUGGUGUGUAUAUACCGUAGACGGCGCGCCGGCGGGGUUUGGUGUUGGUGAUUUGUGUUUUUGUGAGAUUUUUGACGUUCUCACCGCUACAUCCGCUGAGAUCCGAGCGUCUUUAUUGGACUUUAUGGUGCAGUUAUUAUUUGAAAUGUGCUUGGUAUUGGUAGGACUAGGACAGUGCUUCGGAGGCGGAGAAACGUGACUUUGGUGAACGAAUGUGUGUAUUGGACGGUACAAAGGCAUGCUGGGUAAACGAUGUGGCUUGUUUUGUAAAGAACGUGUUUGUUUUAGAAGAGGCGAGCAUGGAGCGGCUUUGGAGUUGAAGACGCACGUCACGGCUCGCUGUAAUUGCAACACUUUUUAGAUUUGCGUUUGCUUUGGUCCAUUCUGUCUGCACCCAUGAUGCCGUCUGGUUUUGAGGUGACUGCUUGGCAGGAGAGUUAGGACUCGUUUAGAUCUCUUUAUUUGCUCUAUACUGUAUAUUGAAGGGAACCUCACGCUUUGCCAGUUCCCUGUUUUUUGACUCUUGUUUUGUAAACAGACUCUGGGGUCGGGGUCAGGCGAAACUAACUUGAAGCCUAUGCACUAGGGUUUGCAUUGUACUGUAACGAACAGUUUUGUUGUUCCUCAGAAGCUGAAUUGUGUCCUUUGUCGGUGUGUAGCCCAAUAAAAGUGUACAGGUCGAA